AUGGAGGGACGUGCGCCUGACCUUUCCCAAGAUGACAUAAACAUUAUCAUCGGCACGCUUGAUCUUAAUCUGAACACUACGAUUCUGCAAGCCUUGUUGCACGGUCUAUAUACCGGAAUCGUUGCAGUCACUUUAUGGACAAUGUUCUCUUCUCCCAAGCGCUUACACGGCAUAUUCCUGCGUACAGUCAUCAUCAUCCUUAAUGUUCUUGCGACGAUAACGUUCGCAAUGGGCUGGGCGUUUAUACGUCACGCGUUCAUUGCGUACGGCGACAAUUAUAUCAAGGUAUUCGGGGCGAUAGCGGAAGACGGCCUGUGGUGGAGACUGCGCUACUUCGUCUACGGUAUUAAUGGUGGUGUCAGCACUCUUUUAGUCGAUACCACAAUUAUAUGGCGCUGCUGGGUGCUCUGGGACCGUCAGUGGCGAAUUGUUUCGCUGCCGAUUGUUUGUACUGUAGCUGGAACAGUCAUGAAGGUCAUGCAAAUACUUAGUGAUUUGCCCAAUUCUCCCAAUGGUUUUAGCGAGGCCGGAGGUUUUUCAGCAAAAAUUGACUGGUCGCUGUCCUACAUCUUACUGACGCUCGCUACGACGCUCACGUGCACACUUUUAAUUGUUUAUCGCGUUGUUCGACAAGCUUCAAGGAUGAGCGCUUCCCGCAAAAUCGUCAAGAUGCUGAUCGAGUCAUCGGCGAUCUAUUCGCUUUCCUUAAUCGUCUAUUAG